AUGCAAAGAAAGUCCCCCUCCAAAAAAAACAGCAGCGAGUUGGAUUUGAACAUCUUAUCGUAUCUUAAAUCGACAACAUCAAAAGCCUCGGAAAUCGUGCCACAGACCUCUCGCACAUACAAUCUACAGUCGCUUAAGAUCGACCUCAACCGAAUCAAGCAAUUAAUAGCGCAAAAUACUCAGACGCGUUCUUCCAUUCUUGCCGAUGCAACCAACCAAGAUUUGAUUCACUCGCAUGCUUCGGCUGAUAAGAUCAGUGAUUCGGACUAUCAAUUAUUUCAAGGUAUUAAAGAUUGUAGCGAUCUGAGUCUCAGUUUGGACGAGUGUCAGGAUUACGUCCAGUGUUAUCGAUAUAUCGCUUCUGAUUGGACCUUUAAGCAGCUACUAUCUCUUAUCUCCAAUCACCCUAACAUCUAUGUAGCCGCACAGGUACUAGCACAGUUACGGGAUCUUGUGGAGAGUGACAUUUCUCAAAGCAGUUCUUCCGAUAAGCUGGCUGUCAAACGAUCUCAAUUGACCCAAUGCUUCGUCAGCUGUAACUUACCACAGUUGUUAUCCAACUUUCUUCAACGAAAGGAUAGAGAAAAUGACGACUCUGUUAUCACGUGUUUGACUGUCCUUGUAGAUUUGUGCAAUUAUCCUGACUCUCUUUAUGAGAUACUUGUAGCUUGCGAUAAGCUUAAUGAUCAGGUUUAUCAGAUGUGUAAAGUUUCUAGUGCAAGUCAAGUUACUCUGGUCAACCAAUACGCUAUGGAGUACCUGAACGUUUUGCUUACGGAUUCUAGAAAUACCAAGGGAUUUCCAUCCCACGAUUUGGUGGACCAAUUGUUAGUUAGUCUCUCCAAGUUUCUUAAGGUUCAACUAAGUUCGAUAACACCGGAAGGCAGAGAGUAUGUCGAAAACACUAUACUGCUUUUAUCGUUUUUGGUAUCAACAUCUGAUCAAUGUAACAGCCAGUUUAUUGCAGACGAGGGAAUCGAGUUGAUGUUGAUGAUGGUCUCAUCAGAAGAUUCCAGAUGGCAUACUAAGACAGGAUUCAAAAUCUUGGAUUCGGCAUGUACUAAAACGGAAAUUGCAUCCAUAUUAGUGGAAAAAGGGAUUUUAAAGCCUGUUUUCCAGUCUAUUAAUUACCGGAAACUCCCCCAAAAGUCAACUUCUUUGAAUAUCUACUUGCUAGAUAUUAUUGGACGCCUCUUCAAGUAUCUUCCCUUCGAUUCCGAUGAUAGACUUCGUCUAUUGAAUAAGUUUAUGAAUAAAAAUUACAAGAACUUCAACAAGUUGAUGAAAUACAAAAAAAUUGUUGAUACAGCUGAUGAUUUAGACGAAACAUUGAUGGUGGCCUGUUCUGCUCUCAUUAAUACUAUUAUUGCAUGGAUAUCCAUAGAUGAUAUCGUACCGGUGGAGAAGGUGAUGAAUAUUUUCACAGAUUCUGGUCUGACAAUCAGCUCAAAUCUAAUUGAACCUCUUCACGAUACAUACCAGAUACUUUUAGGGGAGACAGGAACUGAGAAUGACGAUACAGAAGUUUUAAAAGACUUGUACCAAGCACUAAGCUCAAGGUACUAG